AUGUUCAAUCCAAUUGCUACGCCAACGCCAGCUCUUUUGAACGAAGACAAUCAAUCACGAGAAAAAGACGUAGCUGACAACGAAAAUCCUGUAUCUACAGAGCACUUGACCAAUCUUUUGAAUUCAACAGCUCAUACUCAAUCGAAGUCGAUUGGAAUCGCAUCAGUUGAACCAAAGAAUGCUGUACCAGCUACUACUGUAUCAACAAGUAUACUUUCUGUGGUGCAAACAGGUUUAAAAGGAAAAUUAAAUAUGAAAGGGCCAUUUGAAAAUUCUGUAGAUGAUCAUUCAAUGAAACACAAUAGCGAAAGGCUCAAUCGAUCAAACUUUUUUAUUAAAAACAUUGCAACAAAUCUUAAUUAUAUAGAAACUUUCACCUCCAUCAUAGCACAAUAUCCACUGGCUGAAUCAAACGCUGCUGCGAAUACACCAAAGAUAAAAUAUCUGUGUAUUGCUGGUAAUUUCCUUCUCACAUGA